CUUUGUUGCUGCGCCGCCCGCAAGUACCGCUUCAAAUUCCACCAGCAGUGCUCAGUGCAGGACACGACCAUCUUAGCCUCUACGACUCUUCAGCUUCAUUUCAAACGACUUUCUCGUUUAUUCGCUCUAGGUGCUUGGAUAUAACUGUAUUCUAGCUUGACACGAACAUGGACACCACACGACCUCCUCCGCCUCGAGGAAACCCUCCGCCUUAUGCGUUUGUGAACCGCGUUUACCGGUCUAGCCUGAGGCCGGUGGUUAUUGUCAUCGGCUUGUUAUCGGGGAUAUGGACUCUUGUACAGUACGUCAGCUUGUUCCGGGAGGUCAAUGUCGACAAAGGUCAGGGAUUCCCAAAGCUCGGUGUAUUCGCCAUUGCACUCGGAGCGCUGUACCUUGUGGUAGCUUUAAUUGAAUUCUUCGGCGUCGGCGCAGCUGCUUUGCAAAAAGCAGCGCUUGUCCGUAUAUACUCUUGGCUCUCUGUUGCCAGUGCACUCAUCAUAGUGGCCGGUGGCUUCCUACUCGUCAUUGUGCACUUUGUCUUCAAGAAUGAUAUCAUCACGGAAUGCGUGAAUUUAUCCAAGGGCGAUGAAGUGAUAAUCCGAAAUGGCAUAUGGGGUCCGUUUAGCAAGACCCAGCUUAGCGAGCAGGACGCCCAGAAAUUCUGCAACAACGCUUGGUCACACGACUCUUGGGGCGAUAUCAUCGCGCUAAUAAUCGAGAUUGUCCUCGCGGCACUAUUCUGCAGCGUUGCCUUCGCCUUCUACCGCCAGCUAAUCGACCCGACGAGCCCCGCCAACACCUCGCGCGCCCCGUCCAACCAGUACCGCGCCGCCGGCGCUGGCUACCCGCAGCACUAUAACCCGCCGUACAACGGUUCUAUGCCGGACUUGGCAUACAACGCACCGUACGGACAGUAUGCGCCGCCCCCUGGCCCACCGCCGAAUGCGCCGCCAUAUGACACGCACGGCCCGCCGGGGUAUGGCGUCGGCAUGGGCGAUAGCAAGGUCGAGCUGGGCCCCGAGAAGGACGUGAAGGACGAUCCGUUCGCGGACUUUGAUGGGCCGAGUUUGAGCACGAGACGGACGGGCAGUCCCGAGGGAGAGCGGGACGUGACUAGCCGUCCCAGGCCCGGGGAGAGGGAGACGUUCAAUGUUUAGAUGAUGCUCGAAAUGAGCUUGGGCGGUAGAAUCCGGACUUGGUUGUAGGCGUUUCGCUAUCAUACGCACAUGGACUGGUACUUGAUAUUCUAGUAGUCGACUACGUUUGGACUACGUAGCAUACUUGUUCUCAGCGAGAAUACACUUGUAUUUGUAUGCUC